AUGGUGUUCGUUUCCGGCACAAAGGUUAAGAUUGUCAAGAAGAAGGUCACCAAGUUCAAGAGACAUGAGUCAGAAAGAUACCACCGCCUGAAGCCCAACUGGCGUAAGCCAAAAGGUAUUGAUAAUCGUGUUCGUCGACGAUUUCGUGGAAUGCGUGCUAUGCCUACCAUCGGUUUCGGAUCAGACAAAAGGACCAAGUUUGUUCUCCCAUGUGGAUACAAAAAAGUCCUUGUUAGAAAUGUGAAGGAUCUUGAUAUGCUUCUCAUGCAGUCGUUCCGAUACAUCGGUGAGGUUGCUCACACCGUUUCCGCCCAAUCCCGGAAAGCUAUUGUAGAACGCGCUGCUCAGUUGAACAUCAAGUUGACUAACGGUCAUGCUCGUAUUCGUACUGAAGAGAGCGAGUAA